CCGGCGCUUUCGUGGGUUAAACCGAAGACGGCGCUCUCGCUAAUUUUCCCAACGGAUCUGAGCGGGUCGGACACCGGCAGUCCCAGCGCGUCCAGUCCAUUGUUGUCUUCGCCUCGAGCUGCCGCUAGGGCCUGCUCCACCGCCAUCAUCGCCGGCUUCGCUUCCUUCUUCUCCGCACGAUUUACCGCCGCCUCCUCGCUGUCGGAGUCCGCGCAGACGCGCGAGGACAGGUCCGUUUCUACGGGCUGAAGCCCACAGUUGGUCACCGGGCCGAUUUUCGGUCUUUUCGCGACAGGCUCGUCCGGUUCUGACGCGCCUAAAAAGGCCGCUCCGCGACUAUUCUCUUCGUCCGCCAUCUUCCACCACAGAGCCGCCGCCGCUGCGCAGGUCCUUCCCCCCGGACAGCUGGCUCAUUUACAUAGGGCACGUGACCCGGUCUUCACCAGUAGACACGAGCUCURAAACCAUAACAAGUUAUCGCUGCGUUCAAAUGCAGUCGGAAAAAUGAUUUACACUCACAAAUACGAUACUUUCAGAAUAAAACAAACCACAAAUUAGUGUUCUUUUUAUUUAUUUUACUUCAACAACAUUGUGUUUAUCCUUUUACGUGACGAAAUAAUUUAGUCAAGCUAACUUUUCUUUAAAUGUCAUGGCUUUAUGAAUUAAUACAUUUUGAGUCUGAGCAAACUUUUACGUAAAACACUCGAACGCGGCUGCGUCACACUCAAACAACAGCUUCGUUUYUCUCAACUCUCAAACCCUCAUUGAUAAAUUUUGACCGUUUCUUCGGGUUUUAUGUUCARUUUUGAGGAAUAAGGACGUUAAAGGGGCUGUCCGGACAACCCUGAGCUAACAGCUGAUCUGCGGUAUCUGCCCGUAAAAUAUCAAAAACASUGAUUUACAGAUUAGAUGGAGGCAGUUUUGAGCUGCAAACCGGAGGAUUUGGAGGAUUUUUACGGAUUAUUAGGAUGUGACGAACUGUCGUCGACUGAGCAGAUUCUCAGCGAGUACAAGAUCCGAGCRUUAGCGUGUCAUCCAGACAAACAUCUGGACAACCCCAGAGCUGUGGCAGAUUUCCAGAAGCUGCAGGAAGCCAAAGAUGUUUUAUGUGACGAGGAAAAGAGAAAAAACUACGACCUCUGGAAGAGAAGCGGCGUCGCUGUUCCGUUUCACGACUGGCAGGCCCUGAAGGAUUGUGUGAAAACCUCCGUGCACUGGGCCGUCAGGACAAAGAAGGAACCCAUGCUGGAGAACUGCAAACCAGACGCUCCGGAGGCUCCGCAGGCAGAGGAGCGCCGCUGCCAGAAGGAGGCGUCGCAGACCUCUGCGUACGAAGACGAGCCUUCUUCAAGUGAUUACGUCCAUCAACGUUUCCGCUGGGCCUCGGACUCUCCGUCUGAUCUGCUGCAGAAGUUCAGGAAUUAUCAAAUAUAAAUUUAGGAUUAUUGACAUUUUUUUUUCCCCGUGGGUUUUUCUGAACGUAACUGGUUCCGUGAGUUUUUAUACAAUUAUUAUGACAAAACGUUCAACUCUUUCAGGACAGGCCAGCUACGAAUUUUGGUAUUUCAGCAUUUU